AUGGCCAGCUUCUUCACUGUUAAAAAGCGAGCCUGCGAUGAAUUCACUGCGAUGCGGCUGUGCCCCGGUGCGACUGGUGCAGCCAUCACCAGCUACAGUGCACCUUCAAGCGAGUUGUGCACCGGAGAAGACGUGCAGCCCCCACCACACUCCUCACCUACUGUCACUAUCUCGAUCACCGGUCUUGAGGGCUCGUCGUCCUCCUCCGUGCCACCAGCAUGUGGAUUAAGAUUUGCCCGAUACUAUCUGGACGAGAUUGUCUCGCCCAGCGGUGCACCUUUCUUCUCUGUCGACCACCAGAACUGGAUCCGCCGGUGUACGGGACAGGCUCACGUCUUCUCCAACCUGUCGGGGCUCGAUUCAACGUCGCCGUUAUUAUCAUCAUCCUCCUGUGCCGGAGGCGACUACCCGGCUGAUUGCAAUCAGAUCGAACUGCCGGCCCGACAUGUCGUCGAAGACUAUCUGCAAAUAUUCCGGGCGACUCCCUUCCGACUCGUGUUCCCCAUCGUCGACGGUGUCUUGUUUCAAGAAACCAUCAGUCAAGCUUACGAUCCGCACCACGCAGCCAACCCAGCAGCCCAGGCCUGCGUCUUCUCCUUUCUUGCCAUCAUUACUCAUACACAAUGGAGCCCGCGCAACAUGGCCGUCAUCAUUGACAGCGAGGCAUGCGUCUGGCAGGCCCAGCGCCUGAUGCCCCUAGCCCAAGCGAGCCAGGACAUUACGGGACUCCAAACUUGCCUUAUGCAGUGCAUGUAUCACCUCUUCUGCGGCAAGAUCCAGAUGGCCUCAAUGGCCCUGGCUCUAACCUGUCGCCUGUUGUUCUCGUUGGGAGCACACAGGCAGCCCAGCGCAGGGAGCGAUGUGCCCGAGCGGCAAAGCCGGACAAGAAGCCACGCGCGUAAGCUGUUCUGGCUCUGCUACACCUUUGACAAGAUCGUGGCAGUUCGGACCAGCCAGCCUCCCUGCAUCGGAGACGAGCACUGCGACCUUACGCUACCUCCGGGCUACGUAGAAGAGCUAUACGUUGACCACAAUGACACCACCAUUAGUAGCAGUAGCAGUAGCGGCGCCCUCUGCUGCCUGCCGGGCGAUUUACGGCUGAGCAUCAUCAAGUCCAAGGCCUGCAGGCUGCUAUACUCGAUUCGCCUACAGCAGUAUCCGUCCAACCAGCAACAUCACCGCCCAACACCCAACGCUGGGCUGCUGCGCGAAGUGCGCGAAUUGGACAGUGAGCUAGAGCGGUGGCGCCUCUCCAUCCCGGCCCGGUUCCGGCCCAUGCUGCUCGGCCGGAACUACGGCGGCAACAGCAACGGCGCCUGGUGGCUUGACCCGACUUUAGACGCCAGCCAGAGGAUGCAUGUUAUGGUGCUGCACUUUGAGUACCAGCACCUUGUGGCCGCUCUGCACCGAGCCGCGAGCCCGUGGCUCACCGAGGGAAGCGAAGCAACCGUAUCAACGGCGGCGACCUUGCCGUCGGGGUCCAGUCAGAGUCAGACCUUGUCUAUCGAGGCCAGCCGGUCUUGUCUAACGUACUUUCGCGAUACUGCUCCUUCCCUGAUGGGAGCUGCCUUUUGGGUACUACUCUUCUACCCCGUAUCUGCUGUAGUCACUCUAUUCUUCAAUCUGUUGCGGAAUCCACUGGACGACCAGUCGGCAGACGACCUCAGACUGCUCGAGUCCAUCCCGAACUUGGUGAACGUGGACCGUGCUAGAAGCUCGAUCCCACCCUAUGUGCUUGACUUGAACACCGUUGAUGAUUUUGUGGCUGAGGUGAUCCGAUUGUCCAAGUGUGCGAUGACUAUGGCCGCACACGUCAAGUACCUUCGGUAG